GCAAGGACGUUUCGACAUUACAGCCGGGUGCGAUUGGGUAUAGUGUCUAGCUUUGAGAGCUAUAGAAGACAGCCAGAAGCGCCGUGACACGCCAGUGCGCAUAGGUUUUGGUGUCGUCCUGGUCUACGAUGGUCUGUUCAGCGAAUGGGAGAUCGAUGUAGAACCCGAGUAUAGGCGCCGUUGGAAACCGUGAUGAGGCUUCGCUUGCACUCUUUUUAUAUCGUGCCCGGAAUUUAAAGUCGUCGUUCUGCUUGGGAGUCACUCCCAUGGGGGGUGUGUUUGGUGUGGUGGAUGGUUCUGCCGGCAUGUACUUGUGAAGGCGUCUGGCGAUUGCGUUUAUACAGACUACAAAAAUUGACCAAUUCGCUGGAACAUUACCCGACGGCUUGCCACGCUCACGUUUGUCAUGCCGUACCAAGUCCACCCGCGCAGAAUUGCGAUGAGUAUGGCCCACAUUAUAUAGAUGGCCAGCCUCGACCACACAAGCAACAUGUGCAGAACUUUGCUAUGACCGCAGCUUCCUUUGUGGCUUGCGGGGUUCGCUCUCAAGAACGGGUUCUCGUCGAAGAAGAGGCGGCGGGCCUGAGGCUGACGACGCUUCGUGGGAUGCGGUGUGAGAGCUGCAAGAAAGAGGCCAACAAGGCGAAUUCGAGGGAGUUGCGUGAGUGCGGAGUAGCGGCUGGGUAUAUUCGGCCGGCUGGACUGAGGUGCUGCAAGUGGCUGAACGCAUCUAAAAUAAGUCCUAAUUAUGUCUGCUCCUGCCAUGUCUUCACUCUCUCCUUGUUUGUAUCUAGAAGACGUUGAAAGAUCUCCUUCGCCAUCACGUCGCCAGACGUCGCAAUGUCCGUGUGUCAGGCAGAGCACAUGCCAAAUGUCUCUCAGUCAUCAACUUUCUAAGCCACGACAUCAGAGCGCGUCACGGUGCGUUGUGUGUAUGCCUCUGCGCGGCUAGGGCACGCUGGCAUUGCCAUUCUUCGACGAGAGGAUUGUGGGCAUGGUAGCGGGCUGAUAUACAAUGGAUGAACUUGGUGGA